CUCCCUCCUGCCUCCCGCCGCCGAGGAGGGGCAGGACGCAAGAUGGCGGACAAGACGCCCGGCGGGUCGCAGAAGUCGAGUUCAAAGGCCAGAGUACCAGACCCGGUCCAUUCCUCUGGAUCUGCUGAUGCACACAUGGAAGGAGCAGGACCUUCAGAGGCGGACACGCCAAGUCGGUCACGCCCGAAGAGCCCCAGGAAGCACAGUUACCGAACGGAAAGUUCACGCGACAGCGUUUGUGACCCUCCACACCAAAGCCCAUCAUCCAGGCCGCUUCUGGAAAAUAAACUUAAGGCUUUCAGUAUCGGGAAGAUGAGUGCUGCCAAGAGGACUUUAAGCAAGAAAGAGCAAGAAGAAUUAAAGAAGAAGGAGGAUGAGAAGGCAGCUGCUGAGAUUUACGAAGAAUUCCUUGCAGCUUUUGAAGGAAGCGAUGGGAACAAAGUGAAAACGUUUGUGAGAGGGGGAGUUGUGAAUGCAGCUAAAGAAGAACACGAAACGGAUGAAAAGCGCGGCAAAAUCUACAAGCCCUCGUCAAGGUUCGCCGAUCAGAAGAAUCCUCCCAAUCAGUCAUCCAAUGAAAAGCCUCCGUCCCUUCUCAUGAUAGAAACCAAAAAGCCUCCUUUAAAGAAAGGGGAGAAAGAAAAGAAGAAGAGCAAUUUGGAACUCUUCAAAGAAGAACUGAAACAAAUCCAAGAAGAGCGGGACGAGAGGCAUAAAACGAAGGGCAGGUUAAGUCGUUUCGAGCCACCUCAAUCCGACUCUGAUGGCCAGCGCCGUUCUAAAGUGGAUGCUCCUUCAAGAAGAAACAGAUCAUCUGGUGUGCUUGAUGACUAUGCACCUGGAUCACAUGAUGUAGGGGACCCAAGCACCACAAAUCUGUACCUGGGAAACAUUAACCCACAGAUGAACGAGGAAAUGUUAUGCCAAGAAUUUGGGCGGUUUGGACCAUUAGCCAGUGUCAAAAUUAUGUGGCCAAGAACUGACGAAGAAAGAGCAAGAGAAAGGAACUGUGGCUUCGUGGCCUUUAUGAAUCGCCGAGAUGCCGAACGAGCUUUAAAGAAUUUAAAUGGAAAGAUGAUUAUGUCCUUUGAAAUGAAACUAGGAUGGGGCAAAGCUGUACCCAUACCCCCACAUCCAAUAUACAUUCCCCCCUCCAUGAUGGAACACACUCUCCCGCCCCCUCCAUCAGGACUGCCUUUCAAUGCCCAGCCCAGGGAGAGGUUGAAGAAUCCCAAUGCUCCAAUGUUACCACCGCCUAAAAACAAGGAGGAUUUCGAGAAGACUCUGUCGCAAGCCAUAGUCAAAGUGGUUAUCCCAACAGAAAGGAAUUUGCUCGCAUUGAUACAUCGGAUGAUCGAGUUCGUGGUACGGGAAGGGCCCAUGUUUGAAGCUAUGAUCAUGAACCGAGAAAUCAACAACCCUAUGUUCAGGUUUUUGUUUGAAAACCAGACUCCAGCCCACGUGUACUAUAGGUGGAAGCUUUAUUCCAUUUUACAGGGAGAUGCUCCAACUAAGUGGAGGACAGAAGACUUUCGAAUGUUCAAAAAUGGCUCUUUUUGGAGGCCGCCACCCUUAAAUCCAUACUUACACGGGAUGUCAGAGGAGCAAGAAACUGAAGCCUUCGUAGAGGAACCGAGCAAGAAAGGAGCACUUAAAGAAGAGCAGAGGGACAAAUUGGAAGAAAUCCUGCGUGGAUUAACCCCAAGGAAGAAUGAUAUAGGAGACGCAAUGGUUUUCUGUCUGAACAAUGCCGAAGCUGCCGAAGAAAUAGUAGAUUGCAUUACAGAGUCAUUGUCCAUCUUGAAAACACCACUUCCAAAGAAGAUUGCCAGACUGUAUUUGGUUUCUGAUGUGUUGUACAACUCCUCAGCCAAAGUUGCCAAUGCUUCAUACUACAGAAAAUUCUUCGAGUCGAAGUUAUGUCAGAUAUUUUCAGAUCUCAACGCUACGUACCGUACGAUACAAGGUCACCUGCAAUCUGAAAAUUUCAAGCAACGGGUCAUGACGUGCUUCAGAGCGUGGGAAGACUGGGCAAUUUAUCCUGAACCCUUUUUGAUCAAACUUCAGAACAUUUUCUUGGGACUUGUAAAUAUUAUAGAAGAAAAGGAAACUGAGGAAGUGCCUGAUGAUCUCGAUGGGGCCCCCAUCGAGGAAGAGCUUGAUGGUGCCCCAUUGGAGGAUGUGGACGGAAUUCCUAUCGAUGCUGCUCCGAUGGAUGAUCUGGAUGGAAUCCCUAUUAAAUCUCUUGAUGACGAUCUGGAUGGUGUGCCUUUGGAUCCAUCUGAAGACUCUAAGAAGAACGAGCCCAUCUUUAAAGUGGCCCCAUCUAAGUGGGAAGCUGUAGAUGAAUCUGAAUUGGAAGCCCAGGCUGUAACAACAUCCAAGUGGGAGUUAUUUGACCAGCAUGAAGAAUCAGAAGAGGAAGAAAAUCAAAACCAAGAAGAAGAAAGUGAAGAUGAGGAAGAUACUCAGAGUUCCAAGUCAGAAGAGCAUCAUAUGUACUCCAAUCCCAUCAAAGAAGAAAUGACAGAGUCCAAGUCCUCUGUUAAGUAUUCUGAAAUGAGCGAAGAAAAGCGAGCGAAACUUCGAGAAAUUGAGCUUAAAGUGAUGAAGUUUCAGGACGAAUUGGAGUCUGGGAAAAGGCCUAAGAAGCCAGGCCAGAGUUUUCAGGAACAGGUCGAACACUACAGAGACAAACUUCUUCAAAGGGAAAAAGAGAAAGAGUUGGAGAGGGAGCGUGACCGAGACAAGAAGGACAAGGAAAAAACAGACUCUCGAUCCAAAGACAAGAAGGAAAAAGAUGAAUGUACCCCAACACGGAAAGAAAGGAAGAGGCGGCAUAGCACAUCCCCCAGCCCGUCCCGUAGCAGCAGUGGUAGACGAGUAAAAUCUCCCUCACCAAAAUCGGAACGCUCAGAACGAUCAGAGAGGUCGCACAAAGAGAGCUCCCGCUCCAGGUCAUCUCACAAAGACUCACCCAGAGACGUUAGUAAAAAAGCCAAAAGGUCACCGUCCGGAUCCAGGACCCCGAAGAGGUCGAGGCGGUCCCGAUCUCGGUCCCCUAAAAAGUCAGGGAAAAAAUCCAGAUCCCAGUCCCGAUCUCCGCACAGAUCUCACAAGAAGUCAAAGAAAAGCAAACACUGACAACACGUUCCCGUUUUUUAUGAUGCUGUCACUUCCUGGAAUUGCGGUUUUGUUUUUGUGCCUGAACAGUCUGUUUGGAAAAAAAAAAAAAAUCAAACAAAAGAGCAUUCCUGAUUUUUUUUUUUUUUGUGAAUGCACGUGUACACUCAUGAGUAACUGCAUCUGUAGACCUGUCAUUGUUUUAUAUUGUACAAAAUCUCUUCAUCGUGGCUAUUUCCCCAAAUGGAACAUUUUUGUGUUAGGAAUUCCAUCCGAAAUGUGUGUAACUGAUCUGCUGGCAGUAGUGAUAUUUUGUUUUAGGAUGUUGUGACCUAGCAAAAAUAACACACAGAUGUUUUCCCCCUUUUGUAGCUUUGACAAUUUGAAUUAGAUUUCAAAUAAAAUCUCAACAGAAAAUGAA